CCUGGUAGAGUUAAGAUGGCGGAGUGUGGGUGAGGAGGUAGCACAUCAAAGCUCUGGUUUACUUUCCCCGUAGCAGAAUUCUGUGAAAGCACACUGUCAUAGAUAACUAACAUUUUAGAAAUUACGAAAACAUUUCAUCCUCCUUCACACAUAUUUGUCCAAUUUGGAUUUGAACACAUGACGUCUAUUCACUUCGUGGUUCACCCGCUGCCCGGGACCGAGGACCAGCUCAAUGACAGAUUGCGUGAGGUCUCUGAAAAACUCAACAAAUACAACUGUAACAGUCACCCCCCUCUCAGUGUGUUGGAACAGGCCACGAUUAAGCAAUGUGUGGUUGGGCCAAACCAUGCUGGCUUUCUCCUAGAGGAUGGGCGGAUCUGCAGGAUCGGAUUUGCGGUGCAGCCGGACAGACUGGAGCUGGGAAAACCGGACAGCAGUGAUGGUUCAAAGUUGAGCAGUGGUUCAGGGACAGGAAGGACCCCCAGGCCAGGCAGGACUAGUGAUCCGCCCUGGUUCCUGUCUGGUUCUGACACACUGGGCAGACUGGCAGGCAGCACCCUUGGGAGUCGCUGGAGCUCUGGAGCGAACGGAGCGGGAGGAACGGGAGGAGGAGGAGGAGGAGGAGGAGGAGGAGGUGGCGGCAGCAGCAGUGGAGGCGCCGGUGGGGCAGCAGGAGGAGGAGGAGGCAGUGGGGGUGCGGGCAGUGGAGGAGGAGGAGGCGGGAGGUCCUCCACCGCAGCGCGAGACUCCAGGAGGCAGACCAGAGUGAUCCGGACGGGGAGGGAGAGGGGCACGGGGCUCCUGGGAAGCCAGCCCCAACCCGUCAUCCCCGCCUCCGUCAUCCCAGAGGAGCUCAUCUCUCAGGCUCAGGUGGUUCUUCAGGGGAAGUCGAGGAGCGUCAUCAUCCGUGAACUCCAGCGCACCAACCUGGACGUGAACCUGGCCGUCAACAACCUGCUGAGCAGGGACGACGAGGACGGGGACGACGGGGACGACACGGCCAGCGAGUCCUACCUGCCGGGAGAGGACUUGAUGUCCCUGCUGGAUGCCGACAUCCACUCCGCCCACCCCAGCGUUAUCAUCGAUGCGGACGCCAUGUUCUCAGAGGACAUCAGCUAUUUCGGAUACCCCUCCUUCCGUCGCUCCUCCCUGUCCCGCCUGGGCUCCUCGCGAGUUCUCCUUCUUCCCCUAGAGCGCGACUCGGAGCUGUUGCGUGAGCGCGAGUCUGUGUUGAGGUUGCGUGAGCGCCGCUGGCUCGACGGGGCCUCUUUUGACACGGAGCGCGGCUCCACCAGCAGGGACGGAGAGCCCGGCCUGGACCGCAAGACCUCCCCCACACAGAGCCCCGUCUGCCUGGGAGAGGAGCUGCAGUGGUGGCCCGAUAAGGACGGCACCAAGUUUGUGAGCAUUGGCGCUCUGUUCUCCGAGCUGGUGGCAGUCAGCUCCAGAGGGGAGCUCUAUCAGUGGAAGUGGAAUGAGCCGGAACCCUACAGAAACGCACAGAACCCUACCCUUCACCACCCGCGGACCGCCUUCCUGGGACUGGCCAACGAGAAGAUCACCCUCCUGUCCGCCAAUAGCAUCAGAGCCACCGUCGCCACGGAGACCAACAAGGUGGCGACGUGGGUGGACGACACCCUGAACACGGUGGCGUCGAAGCUGGAGCACGGGGCCCAGGCGUUUGCCGAGCUGCAGGGGGAGCGGGUGGUGUCCCUGCACUGCUGCGCGCUGUACACCUGCGCUCAGCUGGAGAGCGGCCUCUACUGGUGGGGCGUGGUGCCUUUCAGUCUGCGGAAGAAGAUGCUGGAGAAAGCCAGAGCCAAGAGCAAGAAGCCAAAGUCCAACGGCAGCGUCUCGUCCGUCCCCAACAUCACGGUGGGGACCCAGGUGUGCCUGAGGAACAACCCCCUGUACCACGCCGGCGCGGUGGCCUUCUCCGUCAGCGCGGGAAUCCCCAAAGUGGGCACGCUCCUGGACUCUGUGUGGAACAUGAACGACAGCUGCAGGUUCCAGCUGCGUUCGCUGGACAGCCUGAAGAGCCUGGACAAGAACGGCAAGACCCAGGAGAUAAAGACGGAGAGCAAGCCCGAACUUGUGAAAACUGAGAUGGGGCCCCCACCCUCUCCCGCCUCCACCUGCAGCGACACGUCCUCCAUCGCCAGCAGUGCCUCUCUGCCUUACAAGCGUCGGCGCUCUACCCCUGCCCCCAAAGAAGAGGAGAAAGUGAAUGAAGAGCAGUGGCCUCUUCGGGAAGUGGUGUUUGUGGAGGACAUUAAAAAUGUCCCUGUGGGAAAGGUGCUAAAAGUCGAUGGUGCGUAUGUUGCUGUGAAAUUUCCAGGGACGUCGAGCAGCGUGAGCAGCCAGAGCGCAGCUCCCUCUGACUCUGACCCGUCCUCACUGCUGCAGGACUGCAGGCUGCUCAGAAUAGACGAGCUGCAGGUUGUAAAAACAGGUGGAACUCCCAAAGUUCCCGAUUGCUUCCAACGCACACCUAAAAAACUCUGUAUCCCAGAAAAAGCUGAGAUAUUGGCUGUGAACGUUGACUCCAAAGGAGUUCAUGCAGUGCUUAAGACGGGAAGCUGGGUCAGGUACUGUGUCUUUGACCUGGCAGCCGGCAAAGCCGAACAGGAGAAUAACUUCCCCACCAGUAGCCUGGCCUUUCUGGGCCAGAGCGAGCACAAUGUGGCCAUCUUCACUGCUGGACAGGAAUCCCCUGUGGUCCUACGGGAUGGUAACGGGACGAUAUAUCCAAUGGCGAAAGACUGCAUGGGUGGGAUUAGGGACCCUGACUGGUUGGAUCUGCCCCCUAUCUCCAGUCUGGGCAUGGGAGUGCACUCUCUCGCCAACCUGUCCAGCAGCUCCACCAUCAAAAAGAAGGCUGCCGUUAUCAUCAUGGCGGUCGAGCGAGGCCGUGUCUCUCAGCAGAAGCAGACGCUCAUGCAGCAGGUGCUGCGGUGUGACUACGAGGCGUGCCGGCUGCACCUGGGCGGCCUGGAGCAGGCUGUGCUGCUGGAGCAGAGCCCCCUCGCCCUCGCCGCCCUGCUGGGCCACCGCUGCGACGGCAACCGCAACAUCCUGCACGCCGCCGUCUCCGUCUGCUUCCCCGUCAACAACAAGGAGACCAAGGAGGAGGAGGAAGCCGAGCGGUCCGAGCGGAACACGUUUGCGGAGCGGCUGUCGGCCGUGGAGGCCAUCGCCAACGCCAUCUCUGUGGUCUCCAGCAACAGCUCCGGGAACAGGACGGGCUCCUCCAGUAGCCGGGGUCUCCGCCUCCGGGAAAUGAUGCGGCGGUCCCUCAGGGCAGCUGGCCUGGGCCGCCACGAGUCAGGCCCCGCCUCCAGUGACCACCAGGACCCCGUGUCCCCGCCCAUCGCCCCGCCCAGCUGGGUGCCGGACCCCCCACCCAUGGAUCCAGACGGUGAUAUUGAUUUCAUCCUGGCCCCUGCUGUGGGCUCCCUCACCACUGCGUCUCCAGGGACCGGCCAGGGGCCCAGCACCUCCACCAUUCCAGGCCCUUCGACUGAACCGUCGGUGGUGGAAUCCAAAGACCGGAAAGCCAACGCCCACCUGAUCCUGAAGCUGAUGUGCGACAGCGUCAUCCUCCGGCCCUACCUGCGGGAGCUGCUGUCCGCCAAGGACGCGCGCGGGAUGACCCCCUUCAUGCUGGCCGUCAGCGGGAGGGCCUACCCCGCCGCCAUCACCGUGCUGGACGCCGCUCAGAAAAUAGCCAAAGGGGACCCGGGCAUCAGUGAGAAAGAGGGACCUGACUCCGUCUUCAUGGAAAUGAUCUGCCCCCCGGGGACCAACCCCGACGACUCUCCCCUCUACGUCCUCUGCUGCAACGACACCUGCAGCUUCACCUGGACCGGGGCCGAGCACAUCAACCAGGACAUCUUCGAGUGCCGGACGUGCGGCUUGCUGGAGUCGCUGUGCUGCUGCACGGAGUGCGCCCGGGUCUGCCACAAGGGUCACGACUGCAAGCUGAAGAGAACGUCUCCCACGGCUUACUGCGAUUGCUGGGAGAAGUGCAAGUGCAAGACCCUGAUCGCCGGGCAGAAGUCUGCUCGUCUGGACCUGCUCUACAGGCUGCUGACCACCACCAAUCUGGUCACAACGCCCAAUAGCAGGGGGGAGCACAUCCUGCUUUUUCUGGUCCAGACUGUUGCCAGGCAGAGCGUGGAGCACUGCCAGUACCGGCCACCGCGGAUUCGUGAGGACAGGAACCGCAAGGCUGCUAAUGCGGAAGACUCGGACAUGCCGGACCACGACCUGGAGCCCCCCCGUUUCGGCCAGCUGGCCCUGGAGCGCGUGCUGCAGGACUGGAACGCCCUCAGGUCCAUGAUCACGUUCGGCUCGCAGGAGAACAAAGACCCGCUGAGUGCCAGCAGCCGGACCGGGCACCUCCUCCCCGAGGAGCAGGUGUACCUCAGCCAGCAGAGCGGCGCCAUCCGCCUGGACUGCUUCACCCACUGCCUCAUCGUCAAGUGCGCGCCCGACAUCACGUUCAUUGACACACUGCUGGGGACGCUGGUGAAGGAGCUGCAGAAUAAGUACACACCAGGACGGAGAGAGGAGGCCAUCAACGUCACCAUGAGGUUCCUCCGCUCUGUGGCCCGUGUCUUCGUCAUCCUCAGUGUGGAGAUGGCCUCAUCCAAGAAGAAAAAUAACUUCAUCCCCCAGCCCAUAGGUAAGUGCCGGCGGGUGUUCCAGGCCCUGUUGCCGUACGCGGUGGAGGAGCUGUGCAACGUGGCCGAGUCGCUCAUCGUGCCCGUGCGCAUGGGCGUGGCCCGCCCCACCGCCCCCUUCACGCUGGCCAGCACCAGCAUCGACGCCGUGCAGGGCAGCGAGGAGCUCUUCUCCGUCGAGCCCCUGCCCCCGCGGCCCUCCCCCGACCAAUCCAGCAGCUCCAGCCAGUCCACCUUUUCCUACAUGAUGAGGAGCCCACCGCCGCGCCACAGCAGCCAGUCACAGCCCGCCCGCGGGAGGGACGAGGAGCAGGACGACAUCGUCUCCGCUGACGUUGAGGAGGUGGAGGUAGUGGAGGGUGUGACCGGGGAGGAGGAUCACCAUGACGACCACGAGGAGCCGGGAGAGGAGCACGUGGAGACGGAGGGCCAGCACGAUGAGCAUGAUGAGGAUGGCAGUGACAUGGAGCUGGACCUGCUGGCGGCCGCUGAGACUGAGAGCGACAGCGAGAGUAACCAUAGCAACCAGGACAAUGCCAGCGGCCGGAGGAGCGUCGUUACUGCGGCAACCGCUGGCUCUGAAGCAGGAAGUAGGGUCUCCCUGGCCUUUCCUUUGUUUGGUGCCAGCAGUGUCCCUGCCUUCUUUUCAGAGGACGACUCCCAGUCCAACGACUCGAGCGACUCGGACAGCAGCAGCAGCCAGAGCGAGGACGUGGACCAGGAGACGGUGCUGCUGGACGAGCCCCUGGAGCGCGCCUCGGGGGCCUCCCAGGCCGGAGGGGCCGCCCAGGCCCCGCGCUCCAUGCAGUGGGCCGUGCGCUCCACCCCCAGCCACAGGGCCCCUGGGGCCGCGCCCUCCAGCUCCUCCACCCCCGUGGCGAGCUCCACAGGGCUGAUCUACAUCGACCCGUCUAACAUGCGGCGCAGCGGGGCCAUCAGCAGCAGUGCAGCAGCGGCGGCCGCGGCCCUGGAGGCCAGCAACUCCAGCAGCUACCUGACCUCGGCCAGCAGCCUGGCCCGCGCCUACAGCAUCGUCAUCCGCCAGAUCUCCGACCUCAUGGGCCUCAUCCCCAAAUACAACCACCUGGUGUACUCCCAGUACCCCGCCGCUGUCAAGCUCAGCUACCAGGACGCCGUCAACCUGCAGAACUUUGUUGAGGAGAAGCUGAUCCCCACCUGGAACUGGAUGGUGUCCAUCAUGGACUCCACCGAGGCCCAGCUGCGGUACGGCUCGGCCCUGUCCUCCGCCGGAGACCCGGGGCACCCCAGCCACCCGCUCCACGCCUCACAGCACUCGGGCCGGAGAGAGCGCGUCCCCGCCCGGGAGGAGGCCAGCCUGCGCAACCUGGAGGGGCGAAGGACGAUAUGGGGACUCUCCCUACCUACACGUCCCCAUAAGGCACCAGCUUCUGAAAUAUGGCGUGCCGCCACGUUGCUGAGCGCGCGGCAGGGAAUGCUGUCGGCCCGCGGGGACUUCCUGAACUACGCCCUCUCGCUGAUGCGCUCUCACAACGACGAGCACUCGGACGUGCUGCCCGUGCUGGACGUGUGCUCGCUCAAACACGUGGCCUACGUCUUCCAGGCCCUCAUCUACUGGAUCAAGGCCAUGAACCAGCAGACCACCCUGGAGACGCCGCAGCUGGACAGGAAGAGACCUCGGGAGAUUCUGGACCUCGGUCUGGACAACAACGAAGAUUCUGAGCAUGAGAACGACGAGGACACCAAUCAGAGCUCCACUCUCCAGGACAAGGACGAGGAGCCCAUGUCUGCAGAGGCAGGGCAGAACCAUCCCUUCUUCCGCCGCUCCGACUCCAUGACCUUCCUGGGCUGCAUCCCCCCAAACCCCUUCGAGGUGCCCCUCGCUGAGGCCAUCCCCCUGGCUGACCAGCCACACCUGUUACAGCCAAAUGCGAGGAAGGAGGAUCUGUUUGGAAGGCCCAGUCAGGGCCUGUACUCAUCUACGUUCACCGCCAGCAAAGGCCUGACUGAGGUGACUGUGGACAGGAACUGCCUGGAGAUCCUGCCCACCAAGAUGUCAUUCUCGGCCAACAUGAGGAACGUGAUGAGCGUGCGGUCGCGGAGCGCCGGGGAGGAUGAGGCCGUAGCCGAGCCGGAGCCUGAGGUGCCCCGGGCCCCGCCCUCCGCCCACGACCUGGCGGCCCAGCUGAAGAGCAGCCUGCUGGCCGAGAUCGGGCUGGCUGAGAGCGAGGGGCCCCCGCUCCCCACCUUCAGGCCUCACUGCAGUUUCAUGGGCAUGGUGAUCUCCCACGACAUGCUGCUGGGGCGCUGGCGCCUCUCUCUGGAGCUGUUCGGACGCGUGUUCAUGGAGGACGUGGGGGCUGAGCCGGGAUCUAUCCUGACGGAGCUGGGCGGCUUCGAGGUGAAGGAGUCCAAGUUCCGGCGGGAGAUGGAGAAGCUGCGUAACCAGCAGUCGCGGGACCUGGCCCUAGAGGUGGAGCGGGAGCGGGAGCAGCUGGUCCAGCAGACCAUGCGGCAGCUCAACGCGCACUUCGGCCGCCGCUGCGCCACCACGCCCAUGGCCGUGCACCGCGUCAAGGUCACCUUCAAGGACGAGCCGGGAGAGGGCAGCGGCGUGGCCCGCAGCUUCUACACCGCCAUCGCCCAGGCCUUCCUCUCCGGCGACAAGCUGCCCAACCUGGACUGUGUGCAGAGUGCCACCAAGGGCAUGCAGGCCAGCAAUCUGAUGCAGCGCCUGAGGAACAGAGACCGGGAGAGAGAGCGGAGGAGCGGAGGCCUGAGGGCGGGGUCUCGGAGAGACAGGGACAGGGAUUCGAGGAGACAGCUGUCCGUCGACACCCGGCCCUUCAGGCCCGCCUCGGAGGGGAACCCCAGCGAGGAGCCGGACCCCCUGCCGGCGCACAGGCAGGCCCUGGGAGAGAGGCUGUACCCCCGGGUUCACGCCAUGCAGCCGGCCUUUGCCAGUAAGAUCACAGGGAUGCUGCUGGAGCUGUCCCCCGCCCAGCUGCUGCUGCUCCUGGCCAGCGAGGACUCCCUGAGGGCCCGGGUGGAGGAGGCCAUGGAGCUCAUCAUCGCACACGGAAGGGAAAAUGGGGCAAAUAGUAUACUAGACCUUGGCUUGCUGGACUCUUCUGAUAAAUCGCAGCAGCAGGAGAACCGUAAGCGUCACGGCUCCACCCGCAGCGUGGUGGACAUGGAGCUGGACGACCCCGACGACGGAGACGACAACGCCCCGCUCUUCUACCAGCCGGGCAAGAGGGGCUUCUACUCCCCCCGCCCCGGCAAAAACACAGAGGCCCGGCUCAACUGCUUCCGCAACAUCGGCAGGAUACUGGGGUUAUGCCUGCUUCAGAAUGAACUGUGUCCCAUAACCUUGAACAGACACGUAAUCAAGGUUCUACUCGGAAGAAAGGUUAACUGGCACGACUUUGCCUUCUUUGACCCGGUGACGUACGAGAGUCUGCGGCAGCUUUUCCGCCACGCCCAGACCGGCGAGGCCGAGGCGGUCUUCGCCCAGAUGGAGCUGGCCUUCGCCAUCGACCUCUGUAAAGAGGAGGGCUCCGGGCAGGUGGAGCUCUUGUCUGGUGGUGUGAAUAUGCCAGUGACGCCUCUGAAUGUAUACGAGUAUGUGAGGAAGUAUGCAGAGCACCGCAUGCUGGUAGUUGCCGAACAGCCUCUGCACGCCAUGAGGAAGGGUCUAUUGGAUGUGCUUCCCAAGAAUUCUCUAGAGGACCUGACAGCAGAGGACUUCAGGCUGCUGGUCAAUGGCUGUGGAGAGGUCAAUGUGCAGAUGCUCAUCAGCUUUACCUCCUUCAAUGACGAAUCAGGGGAAAACGCAGAGAAGCUGCUUCAGUUCAAGCGCUGGUUCUGGUCCAUCGUCGAGAAGAUGAGCAUGACUGAGAGACAAGAUCUGGUCUACUUCUGGACUUCCAGCCCGUCUUUGCCAGCCAGUGAGGAGGGCUUCCAGCCCAUGCCCUCCAUUACUAUUCGGCCUCCGGACGACCAGCACCUCCCCACCGCCAACACCUGCAUCUCCCGCCUCUACGUGCCACUCUACUCUUCCAAACAGAUUCUCAAGCAGAAACUCUUACUAGCCAUUAAGACCAAGAACUUUGGUUUUGUGUAGAGGUUGACGGGGAGGGGGGGGAAACCAACGUGUUUACUGUUGUGUAAUAUUGCUAGUUCCAUUUUUUUGUAGAUUUAUUUUUUGUCUAUACAGUUUUAUUAAAUUAAAAAAAUGCUUUGUUAUCCCUGGUGGUAAUUUGUGUCUGCGUUGUAAAUGCAGGCAAUUUGUUCUAAUUUUAUUUUCUGUUUUCUGAGGAGAGAUACAUUCCUACAUUGGGUUUGUAAUGUUGAACCCCCACAGCUCUGAGCUUGAACUGUAACUUCCCAGGAAUUUGGCUAGACGGUAAACUGUCAGCCAAACCCCAGCCAAAGAUGACAGCAGAGAUAACAGUAAUAAAUUGCUACACUGUGAGUAUGUUUUUUUUGUUUUGUUUUGUUUUUUUUGCCCAAAAACAGAAUACUUAAUAUCACCGAAAGUUCACUGCUGCCUUUGUGGAAAGUCAUUUUUCUUGAAUGGGGGGUAGGGGGGUAAUUUCAAAAAUAAACUUGGAUGCAAAAUAUGAAUUUGGGCUCUUUGGUCUCUUGUAGUUGAAAAUGCAAAGGAUGAAGGACUUUGCAUUUUUAACCAUAAUUCUGAUGUGGAAAUUUGUUUUCUAAUUCUAAUUCUAAAAGUGAACCCUUAAAGGGAACAGAGGUGUGUGGAAAUGUCCAGGUUGCUGGUUUGGAUGAAAAUGUGUAUUUUGUACUCUUAGUAUACAGUUCGAAAUAAAUGCACAUAUUUGUGUA